CAAACUGAUAAUCGGUUGUGGAUAAUAUUCAAAACCGGGGGACGCGUAUAAAUAUUUGUGCAAUCUAUUAGUCCGUAUCAGUUCAAGUGCAACACUCACAAAAAAAACAGAGUCUCAUUGGAUCUUUUAAAUGAAAGACACGGUAUUAUUACUGCUAUGUGCAGUUGCACUAGCACAUAGUUACGGUCGUAACCCACAACAAUGCAACUGCGAUCCUUCUGAAGAAUCUAAAAAGAUCUGCGAGUCUCACAAUGGUUUAGACGACGUAUUAGUAGCUCACGAACAUUGCGAUAAAUUCUACAAAUGUACAAAUGGAAAGGCAGUGGCAUAUCAAUGCCCAGACAAUCUUCUGUACGAUGCGGUAGCCGAACGAUGUGAGUGGCCCCACGAGGUUAACUGUGGCAAUAGGCCAAUUUCAGACGGCAAUGACUGCAACGGAAUUGAUGUAUCACAGGCACCACCCUCUUCUACAACUUCACGUCCAAUAAAUGAAGGAACAUGCAACUGCAGACCCGACGAGGCACCUUCUAUUUGCGCAGCGAACGGAUCAGAUGGUGUUUUAGUGGCACAUGAAAACUGUAACCAGUUCUAUAAAUGCGACAACGAAAAACCAGUUGCUCUCUAUUGCUUCGGAAACUUGUUGUACAAUCCCUACACCGAACAAUGCGACUGGCCCGAGAAUGUGGACUGUGGAGACAGAGUCAUUCCAAAUCCAGGUCAAACUCCAGCUCCAGGACCAGGCCCAUCCCCCAGCCCAACUCCAUCUCCAUCCACUCCAGGCAGCGGAACCUGCAACUGCAGACCCGAUGAGGCACCUUCUAUUUGUGCAGUAGAUGGAUCAGACGGUGUUUUAGUGGCACAUGAAAACUGCAACCAGUUCUACAAAUGCGACAACGGAAAACCAGUCGCUCUCUACUGCUUCGGAAACUUGCUGUACAAUCCCUACACCGAACAAUGCGACUGGCCUGAAAAUGUGGAUUGCGGAGACAGAGUCAUUCCAGAUCCAGGUCAAACUCCAACUCCAGGACCAACCCCGGGACCAACUCCAUCUCCAUCCACUCCAGGCAGCGGAACCUGCAACUGCAGACCCGACGAGGCACCUUCUAUUUGUGCAGUAGAUGGAUCAGACGGUGUUUUAGUGGCACAUGAAAACUGCAACCAGUUCUACAAAUGCGACAACGGAAAACCAGUCGCUCUCUACUGCUUCGGAAACUUGCUGUACAAUCCCUACACCGAACAAUGCGACUGGCCCGAGAAUGUGGACUGUGGAGACAGAGUCAUUCCAGAUCCAGGUCAAACUCCAACUCCAGGACCAACCCCGGGACCAACCCCAUCUCCAACACCAACACCAAACCCUCCAGGCGACAACUGCGAUCCCAGUGAAGCCCCCACUAUCUGUGCAGCAGAUAAUUCAGAAGGUGUUUUAGUAGCCCACGAGAACUGCAAUCAAUACUAUAUUUGUUCUGGAAGUAAACACGUAGCACAAACCUGCCCUGGAAAUCUGCUGUUCAAUCCUAGCAAGGACCAAUGUGACUGGCCCGAAAAUGUGGAUUGCGGAGACAGAGUCAUUCCAGAUCCAGGUCAAACUCCAAUUCCACCCCCCAGCCCAACUCCAUCUCCAUCCACUCCAGGCAGCGGAACCUGCAACUGCAGACCCGAUGAGGCACCUUCUAUUUGUGCAGUAGAUGGAUCAGACGGUGUUUUAGUGGCACAUGAAAACUGCAACCAAUUCUACAAAUGCGACAACGGAAAACCAGUCGCUCUCUACUGCUUCGGAAACUUGCUGUACAAUCCCUACACCGAACAAUGCGACUGGCCCGAGAAUGUGGACUGUGGAGACAGAGUCAUUCCAGAUCCAGGUCAAACUCCAACUCCAGGACCAACCCCGGGACCAACUCCAUCUCCAACACCAACACCAAACCCUCCAGGCGACAACUGCGAUCCCAGUGAAGCCCCCACUAUCUGUGCAGCAGAUAAUUCAGAAGGUGUUUUAGUAGCCCACGAGAACUGCAAUCAAUACUAUAUUUGUUCUGGAAGCAAACCCGUAGCACAAACCUGCCCUGGAAAUCUUCUGUUCAAUCCUAGCAAGGACCAAUGUGACUGGCCCGAAAAUGUGGAUUGCGGAGACAGAGUCAUUCCAGAUCCAGGUCAAACUCCAACUCCAGGACCAACCCCGGGACCAACUCCAUCUCCAUCCACUCCAGGCAGCGGAACCUGCAACUGCAGACCCGAUGAGGCACCUUCUAUUUGUGCAGUAGAUGGAUCAGACGGUGUUUUAGUGGCACAUGAAAACUGCAACCAGUUCUACAAAUGCGACAACGGAAAACCAGUCGCUCUCUACUGCUUCGGAAACUUGCUGUACAAUCCCUACACCGAACAAUGCGACUGGCCCGAGAAUGUGGACUGUGGAGACAGAGUCAUUCCAGAUCCAGGUCAAACUCCAGCUCCAGGACCAGGCCCAUCCCCCAGCCCAACUCCAUCUCCAUCCACUCCAGGCAGCGGAACCUGCAACUGCAGACCCGACGAGGCACCUUCUAUUUGUGCAGUAGAUGGAUCAGACGGUGUUUUAGUGGCACAUGAAAACUGCAACCAGUUCUACAAAUGCGACAACGGAAAACCAGUCGCUCUCUACUGCUUCGGAAACUUGCUGUACAAUCCCUACACCGAACAAUGCGACUGGCCCGAGAAUGUGGACUGUGGAGACAGAGUCAUUCCAGAUCCAGGUCAAACUCCAACUCCAGGACCAACCCCGGGACCAACUCCAUCUCCAACACCAACACCAAACCCUCCAGGCGACAACUGCGAUCCCAGUGAAGCCCCCACUAUCUGUGCAGCAGAUAAUUCAGAAGGUGUUUUAGUAGCCCACGAGAACUGCAAUCAAUACUAUAUUUGUUCUGGAAGCAAACCCGUAGCACAAACCUGCCCUGGAAAUCUGCUGUUCAAUCCUAGCAAGGACCAAUGUGACUGGCCCGAAAAUGUGGAUUGCGGAGACAGAGUCAUUCCAGAUCCAGGUCAAACUCCAAUUCCACCCCCCAGCCCAACUCCAUCUCCAUCCACUCCAGGCAGCGGAACCUGCAACUGCAGACCCGAUGAGGCACCUUCUAUUUGUGCAGUAGAUGGAUCAGACGGUGUUUUAGUGGCACAUGAAAACUGCAACCAGUUCUACAAAUGCGACAACGGAAAACCAGUCGCUCUCUACUGCUUCGGAAACUUGCUGUACAAUCCCUACACCGAACAAUGCGACUGGCCUGAAAAUGUGGAUUGCGGAGACAGAGUCAUUCCAGAUCCAGGUCAAACUCCAACUCCAGGACCAACCCCGGGACCAACUCCAUCUCCAACACCAACACCAAACCCUCCAGGCGACAACUGCGAUCCCAGUGAAGCCCCCACUAUCUGUGCAGCAGAUAAUUCAGAAGGUGUUUUAGUAGCCCACGAGAACUGCAAUCAAUACUAUAUUUGUUCUGGAAGCAAACCCGUAGCACAAACCUGCCCUGGAAAUCUGCUGUUCAAUCCUAGCAAGGACCAAUGUGACUGGCCCGAAAAUGUGGAUUGCGGAGACAGAGUCAUUCCAGAUCCAGGUCAAACUCCAACUCCAGGACCAACCCCGGGACCAACCCCAUCUCCAACACCAACACCAAACCCUCCAGGCGACAACUGCGAUCCCAGUGAAGCCCCCACUAUCUGUGCAGCAGAUAAUUCAGAAGGUGUUUUAGUAGCCCACGAGAACUGCAAUCAAUACUAUAUUUGUUCUGGAAGCAAACCCGUAGCACAAACCUGCCCUGGAAAUCUGCUGUUCAAUCCUAGCAAGGACCAAUGUGACUGGCCCGAAAAUGUGGAUUGCGGAGACAGAGUCAUUCCAGAUCCAGGUCAAACUCCAACUCCAGGACCAACCCCGGGACCAACUCCAUCUCCAUCCACUCCAGGCAGCGGAACCUGCAACUGCAGACCCGAUGAGGCACCUUCUAUUUGUGAGGUAGAUGGAUCAGACGGUGUUUUAGUGGCACAUGAAAACUGCAACCAGUUCUACAAAUGCGACAACGGAAAACCAGUCGCUCUCUACUGCUUCGGAAACUUGCUGUACAAUCCCUACACCGAACAAUGCGAUUGGCCCGAGAAUGUGGACUGUGGAGACAGAGUCAUUCCAGAUCCAGGUCAAACUCCAACUCCAGGACCAUCCCCGGGACCAACUCCAUCUCCAUCCACUCCAGGCAGCGGAACCUGCAACUGCAGACCCGAUGAGGCACCUUCUAUUUGUGCAGUAGAUGGAUCAGACGGUGUUUUGGUGGCACAUGAAAACUGCAACCAGUUCUACAAAUGUAGCGACGGGAAACCGGUCGCUCUCUACUGCUUCGGACACUUACUGUACAACCCAUACACUGAACAAUGUGACUGGCCUGAAAAUGUAGACUGCGGUGACAGAGUUAUCCCAGAUUCUAGCCAAACUACAUCUCCAACCCCAGCACCAUCUCCAACCCCAGCACCAUCUCCAACCCCAGCACCAUCUCCAACCCCAGCACCAUCUCCAACCCCAGCACCAUCUCCAACCCCAGCACCAUCUCCAACCCCAGCACCAUCUCCAACCCCAGCGCCAUCUCCUGACCCUGAGAGCAGCGAAAGCUCUGAUAUCGACGACUUACCUAAACCGGAUGAUAAUGUCAGUAGUCCAGAAGACUGCUCUAAUAGCCCAGACGACAACACAUGCAACUGUAAUCCUGAUCAAGCUCCAUCUAUUUGCGCUGGUGCUAACUCUAACGGAAUUCAUAUCGCCCAUGAAAAUUGUAACCAGUUCUACAUAUGUAAUAACGGAAAACCUAUUCCGUUCAGGUGUCCGUCCAAUCUGCUAUACAAUCCCUUCAUUCCAGGAUGUGACUGGGCACAUAACGUUGAUUGCGGUGAUAGAAUAAUACCUGAUCCUGACGAUACAAGUGAAGGCCCACAACCAACUGUGCCAGAUGAUAAUAACGACAACGUUGGUCCUGGCCCGUGUAAUCACUGUAACCCAGAAGAAGCUCCUGCAAUUUGUGCAGAUGAAAACUCUAAUGGUAUUCACAUUGCUCACCAAAAUUGCAACCAGUUCUUCGUGUGUGACCACGGUAGACCUGUAACCUUUUCAUGUAACUCAUUGCUACUUUAUAACGUCUACACUAAGCAGUGUGACUGGCCAUCUAACGUGGAUUGUGGUGACAGAGUGAUACCUGAUCGCGAUAACGAUAGCGGCAACGACAGUGGAGAAAACAACAACAAUAACAACGAAGUUUAUGACGAUCCUAGCCAAGCUCCAACCAUAUGUGCGGGCAGUGGAUCCGAUGGCGUUUUGGUAGCACAUGAAUACUGUGACCAGUAUUACAUUUGUGAUGGCGGCUUCCCACUAUCACGUCCAUGCCACGGCAGCCUUUUAUUCAAUCCUCAAAAUCAACAGUGUGAUUGGCCUAAUAAUGUAAAUUGCGGCAACAGAAUUGUCCCGGAUGAUUGUGCGUGUAAUCCAAGAAACGCUCCAAAGCUUUGUUCUUGGCCAGAUUCCGAAGGAAAACUGAUCGCGCACGAUAAUUGUAACCAAUUCUUUGUAUGUUCUAACGGAGUGCCUGUAGCUCAAACUUGUCCAUCCGACUUACUCUAUAACAUUGACUUGGAACUGUGCGACUGGCCGCAUAAGGUCAGCUGUGCAAACAGACAGCUCUCUUAUUCCUCACUCAACAAACAUUGGCAGUCACGUCAGUUUCUCAGAACAUAAUCUUUGUAUAUAGCCAUGCCCUCCUUCUUUACAGUUGGGUAACUAGUAAGUUAUGCUUAAACUGUGCUGUCAAAAUUGAAUAAUAUUAAAUCAGUAUUUAUAGUCAUUGUUAGACUGGAUAUUUAAAUUUAACAGUAUUGUUUUCUGUUUGUCUAAAUUGAAAUUUAAAUAUAUAAUAAUACGUAAUAACAAAAA